GCUUAUUCUAUACAACUCCCUUGUUCACCAUUUGAAGAAAACACCCCUGUGACUGGGCACCAGAUCAGGUGACAGUUCCUUGUCCAGGGCUAGGAGAAAGCCUCCCUCUCUGUGAUUUGUUAUCCCAGUCACAUGUCAGUUCUUGUUGCAAGAAAGUGUCUCUGUGAUUGGUUAGCGCUGUCACAUGACCAGGGCUACUGCUGCUCUGCUUCUUUCCCCAGAAGCCAGGGCUGGGCAGCUGUUAGUUCGCCUCCUCUCCUCUGUCUCCCUUCCCCUCUCCUCUGCUAGGGGUCUGCCAGGGAGGGACCUUAUUUAAAGUUCCUUUUGUUACCAGCCAAGCUGGGGAUUGUCUCAGACUGUAACUAGCAACCUAGGGAAGCCCUGGACUCUGCACUUCUAACUCCUGAGCCGGAGACUCCAGCAGGAUUUCCCAUUACUAAACCAGACAUGAUCUCUCGCUUGGAACAAAAGAAAGAGCCAUGGGUUCUCCGUGUCCAGGGCUAUGAGGAAAAAGAGAUUCUGAAUGGCAUGAGAACAGCAGGUGGUGGGAUUCUUAGUGAGAAUGAGGAGAAUCCCCACCAGGAUGACCCCAAGUCAAUGGAAGCAUAUGACACAGUGUCAGACGCAUCCCAAGAUGAUAUUUACCAGAGCCCUGAGAAGAGCCAAAGCUGUGGUCACAGGCGCCGGUCAGAAAGGCUUCAGAGAUCUCCUCCAGGACAGAGUCAAGGCAAAGGAAUCGCAUGUGAAAGACAGUUUAGGAAACUUCCAGACAUGGUGCAACAGAGAAGUUUUACAGCAGGAGGGCCGACAAUAUGCAACGACUGCGGGAAAAGCUUCAGGGUGAGCUCCAACCUUGUACAGCACCAGAGAAUCCACACAGGGGAAAAGCCUUUUGGGUGUGCUGUGUGCGGAGGGAGCUUCCGGCAGCGCUCGCACCUCAUCCAGCACCAGAGAAUCCACACGGGGGAGAGACCAUUUGCAUGCACUGACUGUGGGAAGAAGUUCAGCAUGAGCUCCAAGCUCAUUCAGCACCAGAUCAUCCACACAGGUGAGAAGCCCUAUAAAUGCAGUGACUGUGGGAAGAGCUUCACAGGGAACUCGCAGCUAAUCCAGCACCAGAGGAUCCACACAGGAGAGAAACCCUACAAAUGUCACAACUGUGGGAAGAGCUUCAGUGUGAGCUCAGCCCUCAUUCGACAUCAGCGGAUCCACACAGGAGAGAAACCGUAUGAGUGCUCAGACUGUGGGAAGAGCUUCAGUCAGAGCUCAGAGCUCAUGAAGCACCAGAGAGUGCACACGGGCGAGAAGCCCUAUGAGUGCGCCCAGUGUGGGAAGAGCUUCACCGUGAGCUCCGCCCUCAUCCAGCAUCGACGCUUCCACAGGGGGGAGAGACCCUAUGGAUGUGCUGAAUGUGGGAAGAGCUUCACUGUGAGUUCCCACCUCAUCCAGCAUCGGCGCUUCCACACUGUUGAGAGGCCCUAUGAGUGCGUGGCCUGCGGAAAGAACUUCCUCUGGCGCUCAGCCCUUCUCCGGCACCAGAGGGUCCACACAGGGGAGAGACCCUAUGCAUGCACUGAAUGUGGGGAGAGCUUCCGGCAAAGUGCACACCUCAUACAGCACCGCAGAGUCCACACGGGGGAGAGACCCUAUGCAUGUGCUGACUGUGGGAAAGGGUUCACUGUGAGCUCUGCUCUCAUUCGGCACCAGAGAAUUCAUCAGGGAGGGAAAUCCUGAACACAGGGAACCCUGCCAGUCUGAUAUCCUCCCAUAGAAUUUGCCCAGGGCUACAAGACAGGGGUGUUUCUCCCACUAGAUCUACUCUAUUCAUGGAGAAUGAAAAGUGUCUUGUUGAGAACAGAGCAUAGAGGGUUGAGUCAGAUGCAGAGAAAUGGUCAUUUGAGCUAUCUGGGGUGUGCAAAGAAAUGUGAUGGAAGCCUGACAAGAAUCAGGAGUUCUUGGGGGAAUGGAUAAAUUGGAGAUUGAGGAAGAACAGAUACUGUGAAAAGAGGGGAGACAUUUUGAGACAGUAUUAAUAAAAACACUUAAGAGGAAAUUUGAAAUUGUUCUAUUCCUCUGUCCACACUGUGGAUUUCAGACAGUAUAUAAUAGGAGUUAAUGGGAACAUCUUUUAAGUAAAGUAGUUUCAUUCUCAGACUGCUCCCUUCAACUCAGUGGCUUGGUACCCUUAUCUGUAAAGUUCGGCAAUAGUAAUAAUGGGAACCAUCUUUACAGAAGGAUGGGAGUAUUCAAUUCAUAUGUCAAGGUAGUGCACAGAAACCUCAAGAAGAAUUUUGUACAUUGUGUUCUACACAAAUCUGUUUAUGCAGCCCUUGCUCAGAAUUUAGCUUUUCCUCUUGUUGUUAUUAACUAGGAUUUUUCUUGAC